AUGCUUCUCCCCUUUUCCACAUCUAAAAUCUGGAUAUGUACCGCUCUCGGUGCCUACUGGCUUCUUGUUCGCGUUCUUCGUUAUAGACGUCGUGAUAGCGUUUCUCGUCGCCUCAAUUACCCUGAUCGCUCGUCGUGGAGCCGUAUGACACUUCAAGAUGCGCAUUCCAUGCAGCUCACUCUUGCCGAAUUAGAGUUCCCAACCGUGUUUUCUGUUUCCGUGUUCUUCGCUCUCUUCAAGACCUAUGGCAUCCCCAGCAUUUCUAAGCUGCUGGUCGCAACAGGACAGUUGUCAGCUUCUGAAACUGCAUCCAAACGGGCCGCGGAUACUGGUGUCGUGAUCACCGAGGUAGUGUUAAACAAACCGGACUCUGAAAGAGCGAUUAGUGGCAUAGCACUUAUGAAUUACCUUCAUGGUCGAUACAUCAAGGCUGGGAAGAUAUCGAAUGACGAUAUGUUAUACACCCUUAGUCUUUUCGUGCUCGAGCCAAUCAGAUGGACGGCCAAAUACGAGUGGCGUGGUGUAACGGACUUUGAGAGAUGUGCCAUGGGCGUCUACUGGAAAGAUCUGGGUGAGGCGAUGAAGAUAUCGUACGAUACUCUACCCUCUGCGGACCAAGGGUGGCGAGACGGGUUACACUGGCUCGAAGAAUUGGAGGCGUGGAGCCUGGGGUACGAAAAUCAGAAUAUGGUGCCCGCCGAUACGAAUGCAACACUCGCUCGCGGCACGUUCGACAUUGCCUUGUUCAAUGUGCCUUCCAUUCUCAAACCGUAUGGGUUCACCACAGCUUCUUCGUUGCUCGAGCCACGUUUACAGAAGGCGAUGAAGCUGCCACAACCACCAGCCGUAUACACACAGAUCCUUGAAGCUGUCGUCGAGAUUCGGAAAUUCGCAUUGCGAAACUUCUUUCUCCCUCGACCGCACUUCCUACGUAAGGAAUGGUUCACAGAACUCGAUGGAAAGACUGGACGUGCUCACUUCGGCCAAUACAUUGCUCACCCAUGGUAUAUAAAGCCAAAAUUCAUCACGAGAUGGGGUCCGAAGGCGUUGUUACUGCGACUUAUUGGGGGCGCCGUUCCAGGAGAUGAGAAGUACCAUCCAGAUGGAUACAGGAUUCAUGAGCUCGGUCCAUCAGAGCUCGUAGGAAAGGGUGACACUGAGAUGAGUGAAACGAGAGAAGAGCUAAGAGCGCGAAGAAUGGGCUCGGCAGGAUUGGGGGCACAGAUAGCACGAGUAUUUGCGCCAGACUUCCGUGUGGUAAUCAACUAUUCAUCAAACUCGGAUCGGGCACAAUCUCUCAUGAAGGAACUAUCAUCCAUACCAGGCCCAUCCUCAGAAGCAAAUCCACGCUUCCACUUGGUUCAAGCAGACAUGUCCUCAAAACCGUCAGUCCAAAAUCUUGUAAAAGAAACAAUCGAAAAGAUGGGCCGAUUGGACGUCGUCGUUUCUAACGCAGGCUGGACGCGCAUGACGACCUUUACCGAUAUUGAGCAGCAAGUCAACGACGACGACUGGGACAAGUGUUUCACCAUGAACGUAAAAACGCACAUGUGGCUGGCAUAUGCCGCGAAAGAUGCCUUGGCCGAAAACGAAGGAUGUUUUAUUUCGACAGCGAGUGUGGCGGGUGUGAAGCCUAGUGGAAGCAGCGUUCCUUAUGCUGUUACCAAAGCAGCGCAAAUUCAUCUUGCAAAGAGUCUUGCUGUCAUUCUGGCACCGAAGAUUCGUGUGAACAGCAUCAGUCCGGGUAUGCUACUCACAGAAUGGGGGCUCAAAUUUCCAGAAGCGAAGCGUAAUGCUGCGAUCAACAACACCAAGUUGAAGAGGCUGGCUACAGUGGAAGAUUGUGCGGAUCAGGUCAGAGUGCUGGCGCUGAGUAGAAGUAUCACUGGGCAGAACAUCUCGAUAGAUGGCGGUUCGUCGGUCUAG